GAAGAGGGGCCGCGGCUUCCGGAACUUCCGGGCGGUUGCUGGUUGGGCCGGUGGUGGCUUAGCGCCUUUGCUCGCGAUGGCCGCGGCCGUCGCUAUGGAGACAGAUGAUGCCGGAAAUCGACUUCGGUUUCAGUUGGAGCUGGAAUUUGUGCAGUGCUUAGCCAACCCCAAUUACCUUAACUUUCUUGCCCAAAGAGGUUACUUCAAAGACAAAGCUUUUGUUAAUUAUCUUAAGUACUUGCUUUACUGGAAAGAACCAGAAUAUGCCAAGUAUCUAAAGUACCCCCAGUGUCUGCACAUGUUAGAGCUGCUGCAGUAUGAGCACUUCCGCAAGGAGCUGGUGAACGCUCAGUGUGCCAAGUUCAUUGACGAGCAGCAGAUCCUUCACUGGCAGCACUAUUCCCGGAAGCGGAUGCGCCUCCAGCAAGCGCUGGCCGAGCAGCAGCAGCAGAACAACGCGGCGGGGAAGUGACGCGGCCCCUGGGGCUGCACGGGGCUCUUCAGACACGGACGUCCCGCGCGCACAGCGAGCACAGACUCUCUGGCUGCCUCUGGGUGGGUACCACCUGAGCCUUCCGGGCCCUGUUUCAUCCAGCUAGCUUUGUCCUGUUCGUAGAUGGCUUCUGUCAAACCAGAACUGUCAUACUUAGGUUUCCCUGUGGAUUUGUAAGUUAUUAUUAGGACUUCACCAACUGAAUAAAAACAGAAACGUUAGGUAA